UUCUCCCGUCCCGUCCCGUCCCGUCCGAGAAGUGUCAAUCUCCUACUCCUCCUACUCCUUCUCCUCCUUCUCGUCCUUGUCACGGUCAUAGCCAGGCGACGAGAGUCAUGGAAAAGGGUUAUUCUCGUGCAUGGUGCUGCUGUCUUUCUCUCCCAUUCGCUCUAAGCCUCUUCCCUCUUGGCUUGUCGCUUCUCGCAUAAUUGUUUCGUUCGAAUGCUUCUGCUGCUUCGGUUAUUUACUAUUCCAAUCCAUAUUCGUCCCGCAUAUGCUCGCUCUACGCUGAUGUUCGCCUUCAUCGCAUUUUCUCGUCGUGCGCAACCCCAUUGUCAUAUUCGUUUAUGUAUCGUCCGGCUUCUAGAGUUUGUGCUAAAAUAGAUAAAACAAUUUUGAAAUCAAAUCUACACCACCGCGGUGUAUCUCUGCAAACUUCUUCGAGUGUACACAAUUUUUUUCACACAAUAAGCAUAAUUCUGAAGUGUACUGACUCUGCCUCUACUCCUUCCUCCUUACCGCCAUCUCGCAUGGCUAAACAUUGCGAUCAUGUUUCACUAUCUCCUAGUCCCCAGCAAUUCUUCCACUAGCUUCUGCCACUAUCUCCCUCUCUCUCUCUCUCUCUCUCUCUCUCUCUCUCUCUCUCUCUCUCUCUCUCUCUCUCUCUCUCUCUCUCUCUCUCUCUCUCUCUCUCUCUCUCUCUCUCUCUCUCUCCCUCUCUCUCUGAACGCCACUAAUUCUUAUGCCUUCUCAGAUUGUGGCCGCCCGGCUGGCAUCUGUUUAUCCCAUGCUAGAUGAUAUCGUGUGUGCUCUCCCUUUCGAUCUCCUGCCACACUAUCGCCACGCUAGAUUUGUUUGUUGAUUCGCCUAUUCGCUUACUCUCCCGGGGUGAGGGGUGGAGGAAGGCGGCAAGUCAUGCUCAUGGCGGCUGCAGACAGACACUUAAAAAUCAUUAUUGGAGAUGGUCGAUUCGUUGCUGGUUGCGUCUCGAUGUACCAACAUCAUCAUGCGGUCGCCUCGGUCCUUCUCCUCCGCGGGGGGGUAUGAUGUGCGGGACGGCAAUCCCCGCGUACCAAUCGGAUUUCUCUCGCCCUUUUGUUUCAAUCCGCUCUCUUUCUCUCUCUCCUUGUCAUCUCCCGUGUCCUUUCCAUCCCUUGCCCCUGUUGGUUGUUGUGCUGCUGUCACUCUCACUAGCACGAGUGUCUUUCUCUCUUUCUCUGUCUUUCUCACAUACACAGAGCCGUCGGGCUAGCCGGUAAGAACGCCAGGGCCUCCUGUGAUGCAUUCCUAUUUCUCUCACACACAUUUUCUCGCUCUCUCUCUCGCUCGCUAGCUCGGUAUAGUUUUCGUCCUGCUGCUGCUGCUGAUCAUCAUGCUGCUCUCCGUGCCAGCGUCACCGGCUUACUGCGCGGCCCCACCGUUCAGUCAGCGGGGGCCUACUACUUGUUCCUCGACGUUUGUCCUAUUCUCUACGCCAUCAUCCAUCAAUUCUCUCAAGAAGCAGCUUCACCAAAACUGAAACAGAAACACACAGACACAAACACGGACAAUACGGUCCGAGAAGUCUGAGAUCGUUCUCCGGUGCGGGCUGUGCGCUAAGUAGUAGUGGUGGUGGUGGUGGUGGUCGGUUAGAGCUAGUAGUUGCAGUACGCGCGUACCUUUGCCGUAAAAGGGGUUCAUCAUCGUCAUCGUCUCAGGGCGCGCACAUAUCGUUUUGCAGCACAAGCAAUACCAGCAGCAUACAUAUAUCGACUACUAAACAUACCGAUGCGCGCACGUACAUAAAACCGUACCAGAGUCACCAGCCAGUCAAGUCAAGCUUGCCGCAUGUCCGUCGGUGGUGGGUAAAAAACCACAUUCUCUCCGUUUUGGUGUCUGUGUCUUGUGUGCUGCUGCUGUACUACCUCGGAGUUAUUUUUGAGCAUCCAACAAACCAACAUUAACCAACCAACCAACCAACCAGCCAAGCCAAUCCAACAAUCUCGGCUGGUAUAGCAGCGGCGACUCGUUUUCUUCGCCUUUUACCAUACGGGAAGAAUAAAGGAGGUUCGUCGAGUUCGUCGAGGUUUCCUUUUUGCUCUUUACCUUCCUCCUUUUUACGAAAACACCUCCCCACAUCGUACGCGGGCUGCCAGAGACGACGACACGCAAGGAGGUUGUUGGUCGCAGCAGCAGCAGCAACACGAACCGGUACAGCAGAAGCAGCCACAGCAGCAGGGGUAAAGGAGGGAUAACAUACAGCGGCGUGUGUUGAGGCACAUAUUAUGCUGAAAAACCUCAACCAUACCCUCCUAAAACGACAAUCGACAAUCCGAGAGCAACCAACGCACGCCAUCCACCAUCCGGUUGGGUUGGAGGGUAUUAGAAAGGGAUGGCGCAUGUACACGACGAGACGAGCUAGCAGCAAGUAGAAUGUGGUGUGUUUAAGACCCAGUCGGUUGGCCCUUGCCCGUCUCUCUGCUGCUCACGGUGUAGUGUUGCCCCUGUGUAUGUGUGUGUUUGUGUGUGUCUCUCCGGCAUGGUAACGUUAAAGUAAUCUUUCUAUUCUACGUACUUGAAAAGAACUCAAUUCAAUCGUUUCGCGCUCAUCCGUAGUGUGUAGGUUCCGUGUGUGUGCGCGAGCGCGCGGGCCCCUUUGGAAUGGUUGUUUGUCAUUCAACCAGAAGCCAGUAUCGUAGUGGCGCACAAGGCAGGCAGGCAGGCAGGCGUAGUGUGUUGAGAAUAGUUAAUACCUCCGCGCGCUCACAGUUCUCGCGUUUGUGUACCAUUUGUCAGUUUUUGAAGUUCUUGCCAGUCGCGGUCGCGGGCCGAUCGGAGGAGCGAGCAGUAGCAGUAAAGCAGCAGCAGUUUGGCGUUUGUGAGCAUACUAUUCUUCACCAGGGGCGCGCGAGAAGAGUUUGAAGAUAAUUGAUGUUAAGUGAAAGAUAGGCCGAUAGGCCGCCGAGUAGUAGUAGGUAGGCGAGAAGUCCAUCCGAGAAACCGUGUCCGAUAGGAAGUGGAGAACAAACAAAAUCUACGCCAUCAUGCACGCAACAGCGGCAACGGUGGCGCGACUGUGAUCUUCUAGCGCGCUUGGGGGGAAAAUCCGAAAAAGUGUAAUCACAACCGUGUGUGUGUGUGUGUGUGUGUGUGCGGGGUGUAGUUUUUCGGUGCAAAAAACAGGGCAAUAACUUGCACUUUUCAUCGUGUGAACACGGGGAUUUCGGGUGCGUUACCCGGCACACAGCAGCAUGUCGGAACAAAGCGAUGACUCGAAGGAAACGCUCGGCGAGUACGAUCGGAACCUCUUGGAGCAGUUGGUGGUGAACGAUUGGGGCCUGAGUGCGGCAGCAUUUAAGCGCAUGGUUUAUUGCGGUAUCGACGAGGUCAGUUUGGUGCUGAUCGAGGAUGCAGAGAUUAACGAACUGUUCAGCGAUCCCCGGCUGCUCGGGCAGAAGAUACUGUUCAAGCAUCGGCUUCGCCAGUGGCGCCACGACCAGCAAAGCUUCCUCAGCAACAUAGCCGCCCACCUGCAGCUGCCCAACGGGAACGGUACGGUGCCGCCGACGCCGCCAGCUUCCGCCGCUGCCUUAUUACCGCGCCAACUACUACUCCCCGCGCUUAAUGGUACGGCGGGCGCCGCACCAUCGUCCCCGGCCACCGGCAUCACCGCACCCGGAUCGUACAAGCGCAAGUAUCCGUUCGAUGUGGACCUUACCGCCACCGGCCAGCUGAACAAUGGCUCGGACGAUGAUGGCGCAAGCAUCAAGACGGAACACGACUCCACCUCAACAACCAAUGGCAUCGGGCUGAAGCGGCGUGGUGGCGGCGGUCGAGAAUCGCCUCUGCUCAUACCGCCCACCAAUGCGGCCGCCUCCCUGUCCCUGGUGCAGCCGCUGCUGAAGCGAAAGGCCGAUCCACCGUCGCUGAAGGAACGCACGUCCGGUGCGGUCGGCGACAUACCGGUGCGGAUCGAUCGGGACAGCAUGCUGCGGCUGCUGCAAUCGUCCCAGUCCGGGCGCUGGAUACUGAACAGCUACAAACCGAACGAACCGCUCGAGCGGCGGGGCCAAACCAUCAUCACGCACCUGAUCGUCGACCAGUUUCUGCACUUUAACAUCCUGUUCAAGCACCGCAUGAUGAGCCACUACGCGGACGUGAUAACGCAGCUGUUCCCGGCCGAGAUAAAGGAAAUCUACUACGCACCGCGCAACACGGUCAAGCGCAACACGUCCGGCAAGCUGUUCGAUCGGUACACGAACCAGCGGUUACGGCACAAGGAGCGGUUGCCGCGCGUCAAACCGUUCGUGGCGGACGAAUGGACCGAGCACAAGACGUUUGCCGAGCUGGCGAUCCUGAACGAGGCGAUGCAGGGUGUGCGCAGUGUGGCCGGUGGCGGCGGGGGUGAUGAUGCGACCGGCAGCGAGGAUGGCAACAUUAGCAACGACUUCCUGCAGCCGCUCGCGACGAUGUACGUCGAGGGGGAGGAGCAGCAACCGACCGGCGGCAAUGGGGAGGGGGCGGUGGAUUACUCUACGCGAGAGGACGACUGACCGUGCGCUUGAUCGUGAUGCUAGUAGUAGUAGGGCUCGGACGGGAGAGUGGGAAUGAAUGUGCCAAAUCGAGAUACAAGGGUAUAACACCAUACACUUCAGGUGUGUAAAAUAGAGAGAGAGAGCAGCUAUAGUAUGCACUACAGAGUAUUUGUAGUGGCAAGCAGAAUUAUUUGAAGCCUUAGCAUUAAGCACAAAACACACAAACAUGACGCUAUAUGAAUUUAGAUGGAAGGAAAUAAAUUAAGCAAACCUUUUCUACAAACCUAGGAGCUACAGGGCUGGCCUAAGCCCCUUUCCUAAAUGCGUAUACGUAAUUGUAGGAUUAAUUUAAUCGUUGCAACCGUUGGCUCCAGCGCGUCAAUAAAUAUGAUUCAUCAAAGGA